AUGUCGCAGCCAAAAAUCCCAGAUAGGGCCCGCAACUAUAAGGAAGAGCAGGCGCCUGUAGCGUCGCAGAAGAUGGUGAGUCGACUCUGCCUCCUUCACCCAACUCCCCAAGGUCCUCCUCAGCACCAAUCGCCCUACAUUCAGCAAAUUCAAGGAUCGCAAGGGCCACCGCCGCCGCCACCUCCCCAGCCGCAGCCACCCCAGCAACAGCAGCAGCAGCAGCAAGAGGUCCCCUACUACUCGCAGCACCACCAGAGUCCUUACAGCACCAAUAGUGCUCCCAGCAACUACUCCUCAUCAGAAACCCCAGAGCUCAUGGCGGCCGCAACGAUGAAUCGGGGCGGAUACCCACCGAUGUCAUACCACACCCCGCAGUCCAACUCGCCUGCCUCUGUUCAAUCUCCUCAGCACGAUCAGCAUGGAAGGCCCAUCUACGGGCAGCCGCCUAGCCAGAUGCCUCAGUCCAUGUACUACACGCCCUAUGCAUCGGCGCCGGUUCCCCAGCAGUCUCCUUACCAACAGCACCCGUCAAGCGCGCCCCAGCAGCCAAUGGCGACGCAAUCUCUGCUCAUGUCGCAUCAGCAAAACCAGCAGAUGCAGCACCAGCACCCGCAUCACCCUCAGACGCCCGGAAUGACUGGAAGCCCCAAGCCGCGAAUGUCGCAGACGCCGCUCCAGAGGCCACCAUCGGGAUUGGGUCCGCCACAGACUACGCCUCAAGGCCCGCCUGUCGGCACUCCCAACAUGCACGCCGGUCCCCCAGGAGGACCCAACGUCAACCCGAAUGCUGCGCCGGGUCCUAUUCCGGCAACGACGCCUUUGGUCGUGCGUCAAGAUCAGAAUGGAGUUCAGUGGAUCGCCUUUGAGUACUCUCGUGACCGCGUCAAGAUGGAGUACACGAUUCGCUGCGACGUCGAGUCGGUCAACGUGGAUGAGCUUCCUCAGGACUUCAAGACGGAAAACUGCGUCUACCCACGCGCGUGCUGCGCCAAGGACCAGUACAAGGGCAAUCGCCUUCAUUACGAGACGGAGUGCAACACGGUCGGCUGGGCAUUGGCGCAGCUCAACCCUUGCCUGCGCGGCAAGCGUGGCCUUAUCCAGCGCGCUGUGGACAGUUGGCGCAACAGCAACCAAGACCCGCGGCUGAGGAGUCGUCGCGUGCGCAGAAUGGCCAAGAUGACUACAAGGAAAGCCCAAUCGGCUACACACGGUACCCACAUGGCUGGACCAGGUGGACCAGGUGCUCCUGGCGUUCCCAACUCUGCCGGACUAACUGCACCACCACGACCAAAUAUGGGCAUGGGUGGUCCCCAGAUGCACCAUCACCAUGAUGGGCCUGGAGGGCCUCACGGAGGACCGGAUGAUGUUAGCGCCAAUGACUACGGUGAAUCAUCACACACUCAUCACCACCAAGCACCAAACGGACAGCAGUCCCCUGCCGACGUGCGCCCCACGCAGAACUUUUACCCUAACUUCCCUGCCAGCGACUCGGCUGCGGGAACAAGCGGGAUGCCGCCAAUUCACGACGGAUUGAGCCAUCCCCCGCAUCCGCCCCAUGCGGCGGGUGUGGCAGUCUCAAAGCAGCAAGAGCAAGACGAAGAGGAACGCAAACUAGCCAUUUUUGGCGACCUACCUGAUUCAAAGCGUCGCAAGUUUAUUCUUGUCGACGACGCGCAGAGAGGAACUAGGGUGCGCGUUCGAGUGACGCUUGAUACGGUCAAGAUGGAGGAAAUGCCAGACUCGUACCGCAAGUCCAACUCGGUCUUCCCGCGUAGCUACUUUGCCAUGCAGAUGACGUCUCCACCAGCCAGUCCCCGUGGCAGCAAGGUCUUCGCCGACGAGCCCGACGUCGAGAACGACCCCAGCUUUCCUUUGGCCGGCUCUACCGUUGUCCCAGUCCCAACGCUCGACGGCGAAGCCCGUGUUCCCAAGCCGCGGCUUACUCGGUCGAAGCGAUCCAAGGAGAUUACGCUCAAUGAUCUGGGCUACCGGAUGAGCUGGUCCCAGAGCCGUGUCUUCGCUGGCAGAACACUGUUCCUGCAAAAGUCUCUGGAUGCCUAUCGUAAUAAGAUGCGAAGCAGCAUGAUGGGCCAGGGCCAAGACGUGACCCAAGUAGCACCACACUUUGAGACGCGCGUUGGAAAGAGACGCUGGAACGAGAGGAUUGAAAGGAUGAAGAAAUCGAGGCGCGACGGCUCUCCUUAA